CAGCCAAUGGUGGCGCAGCGCGUCAUGUGACCGCCGGCCCCUACCCAGGUGCGCGCCGGCGGCGGCGGCACAGUGCGGGCGGCGGCGGCGGGCGGCUCCGGGAGGUCCCCGCUCACCGGCGGCAGCGCCGCCUCCUCCUCCCGCAGCCCUCGGCCGCUUCCCCCGCCGCUGCAUGGAGCGGCUGCGCGGGCAGCGCCACACCGGCCGCCGGAACAUCUUCAAGCACCGAUUUGCAGAAGAUCCUGGAACACAGAGGAGCAGCUGAGAGUCUUCAGACCAUUUCUUGUCUUCUCUAACCUUAGAAAAUUGUCUUUCAUCUUCUGGAUGACCAAGCCUUUCACCCUAAAUUUUAAGCUUUACAUUUUCUUCCUGACAACAAAUUACACGCUCAAUUUCUUGUUAUUUUAAGGGGCUGGAGAGCUGAACUCACUAGCUGACCAGCAUGGCUAAGAUUAGAUUGCUUUUAACUGUUUGCCAGUUGGUGCUAGAAUUGUUAAUGAAUUCACUAACUGAGUCUUCCGUACAGAGUAAUGAAUGUCCACAGCUUUGUGUAUGUGAAAUCAGGCCAUGGUUUACACCACAGUCAACGUACAGGGAAGCCACAACAGUUGACUGCAAUGACCUUCGUUUAACAAAAAUCCCCAGCAAUCUUUCCAGUGACACUCAAGUCCUUCUGUUACAAAGCAACAAUAUCGCAAAGACCACAGAUGAACUCCAACAGUUGUUUAAUUUAACAGAAUUAGAUUUUUCACAAAAUAACUUCACGAGUAUCAAAGACGUGGGGCUCUCAAAUCUUACUCAGCUAACGACAUUGCACCUGGAGGAAAACCAGAUAACAGAGAUGACUGACUACUGCUUGCAAGACCUUUGCAAUCUUCAGGAGUUAUAUAUAAAUCAUAAUCAGAUCAGCAGCAUUUCUGCAAACGCAUUCUCUGGCCUGAAGAAUCUUUUAAGACUACAUCUCAACUCCAACAAAUUAAAGGUUAUUGACAGCCGUUGGUUUGAUUCUACUCCUAACUUAGAGAUUCUGAUGAUCGGAGAAAAUCCAGUGAUUGGAAUACUAGAUAUGAACUUUAAACCACUCUCCAAUUUAAGGAGUCUGGUUUUGGCAGGUAUGUAUCUCACAGACAUCCCUGGCAAUGCCUUGGUAGGCUUGGAUAGUCUUGAAAGCCUUUCCUUCUAUGACAACAAAUUGGUAAAAGUCCCUCAGCUGGCACUUGAGAAGGUUCCCAAUCUAAAAUUUCUGGAUCUCAACAAAAACCCAAUUCAUAAAAUUCAAGAAGGUGAUUUUAAAAACAUGCUCAGAUUGAAAGAGCUUGGAAUCAAUAAUAUGGGAGAACUCGUUUCUGUUGAUAGGUACGCGCUGGACAACCUGCCUGAACUUACAAAGCUUGAAGCCACCAACAACCCAAAGCUGUCUUACAUACAUCGUUUGGCAUUUCGCAACGUUCCUGCCCUGGAGAGCCUGAUGCUGAACAACAAUGCCUUGAAUGCCGUCUACCAAAAAACAGUGGAAUCCCUCCCAAACCUGCGUGAGAUCAGUAUCCACAGUAACCCGCUCAGGUGUGACUGUGUCAUCCACUGGAUCAACUCAAACAAAACCAACAUCCGUUUCAUGGAACCUCUAUCCAUGUUUUGUGCGAUGCCUCCCGAGUACAGAGGACAGCAGGUGAAGGAGGUGCUAAUACAGGAUUCAAACGAACAAUGUCUUCCCAUGAUCUCUCAUGAGACCUUUCCAAAUCACUUAAACUUGGACAUCGGCAUGACGGUGUUUUUAGAUUGUCGGGCCAUGGCAGAACCCGAGCCAGAAAUUUACUGGGUCACUCCUCUCGGAAAUAAAGUAACUGUUGAAAGUCUCUCCGACAAAUACAAGCUGAGUAGCGAAGGUACCUUGGAAAUCUCUAACAUUCAGAUCGAAGACUCGGGGAGGUACACUUGUGUUGCUCAAAACAUAGAAGGAGCUGACACGAGGGUCGCUACUAUCCGGGUGAACGGAACGCUUCUGGAUGGUACCCAGGUUCUGAAAAUCUAUGUCAAGCAAGCCGAAUCACAUUCCAUUUUAGUUUCUUGGAAGGUUAACUCCAAUGUCAUGACUUCCAAUUUAAAAUGGUCAUCAGCUACUAUGAAGAUUGACAACCCUCACAUUACAUACACUGCUCGGGUCCCCGUUGAUGUACACGAAUAUAACCUCACGCAUUUACAACCAUCUACAGAUUAUGAAGUGUGUCUAACUGUGUCAAACAUCCAUCAACAAACACAGAAGUCCUGCGUUAAUGUUACAACAAAAAAUGCAGCUUUUGCGCUAGAUAUUUCAGAUCAAGAAACCAGCACUGCUCUUGCAGCAGUAAUGGGAUCAAUGUUUGCCGUUAUUAGUCUUGCCUCCAUUUCUGUUUACAUUGCAAAAAGAUUUAAGAGAAAAAACUACCACCAUUCCUUGAAAAAAUAUAUGCAAAAGACCUCUUCAAUCCCGCUGAAUGAGCUCUAUCCUCCACUUAUUAAUCUCUGGGAAGGUGACAGUGAAAAGGACAAGGAUGGUUCUGCAGAGACCAAGCCAACCCAAGUCGACACAUCCAGAAGCUAUUACAUGUGGUAACUCAGAGGAUAUUUUGCUUCUGGUAGUAAGGAGCACAAAGACUUUUUUGCUUUAUUCUGCAAAAACGAGAAGUUGAAGACUUUUGUAUUUUUGACUUUGCUAGCUUGUGGCAGAGUGGUGAGGACAGGUGGAUAUUUCAGAUUUUUUUAGUAUAGCGUAUCGCAAUUGUUUGACACAAAUGGCAGCUUCACCUAGCUCCCAGUUUGUUUUUUUUUCCUCCUUUUUUUAGUUAUUGUGCUAAACUUAAUGCUGUUCUAACUACAGUGCUGAAUAAAAUUAAUGAGAGGCUGGGGUUACCCUGUGAUGCAAAAGUAGCACAACCCCAUUCCUUUGAAGCCAUCAGUAGAGUACAGUAUCUCGCAAAGCUAACAUACAGUUUUGAAACUGCAUUGAACUAGUUUUGUAACACUGGUCUGAGGACUCAACACGAGAAAAGGAGACCCUGAAUGAUGUUAGUUGACUGUACUGUAAUGUUGUAUCAACUGAUUUGAAUGUUUUUGACUUUGAACAAUGAAUUAUAUUUUCAUUUUCUUUUUGUAGUUGUUGAAAAGGCUUAGGUAAAGCUAACAGGCAAUAGAAAACGUACAUCCAGUUUUUUUAGUGUAACAGACUAAAUGUUAAUUGUUCUCUUAUUCUUUUUAUUAUAUUUAGUAGACACUUUUGAGGAAUACUAGAGUUUUGUUGUGCUUAAGCCACCAACACAUGGUGUUUAAUGAAGACGGAGCUAUAAUAAAUUUAGUUUUGUUCUGAUUUUUUAUUUUAGAAGUCACAAUAAUGUAUUGGUUUUAGAUGUCACUAGUUUGACUGGUGAACAUGUUUUGACAUAAAAUAUAUCCAAAAUGUUAUAUAAAAAUAUUGUGGUUUUCUCUUGAUGGAAUUACAUUUCAACAAAGUUGCAGGGAUGGUUUUUUUUUUUUUUUUUUACACAUUUUUUUAAUAGCAGUGUUUUCUCUGCACCGGAUGCAAAAUAUUGAAAAUAAUUUAAUUUAAUUAGAAAUAUAUAUAUCAGUAUGGCUUUUAGACUGUAACAUGCAGAAUCAAAACUGUUUGGCAUAAGGCACACAGCAAAAGAUUCACUGCGAAAAGAAAAAAAGUUUCCUUUUUGUAUAUUCUUCUCUUUGUAUUUUGAGCUUAGACACAAACGAAGCUGACAUUUAGCUGUCAUGAUCAGUUAGAAAAAAAAACAACUCACUGCUACCAAGCUGAAAUAAAACAGUUGAAUUCUGGCAUACACAUGAAAAAAAAAAAGUGAACUGGAUUAAUGUUCUUUCAAAAGCAGAAAUUAAGAUAGCUAAAACUAUCAAAACAGUAAGAGUUUGGGUCCAAUAUGGAAUUGUAUUUGUUACAGGCUUAAAAUUAACCAGUACUCUUAGUAUUUUACUGAAUUAGUACGUUAAAAGUGGAAAGCCUCCAAAAGCAGUGGUGUUUGUGUGCAAGCACUGGGUAUAAUAUAAAUGCAUAAUUUGCAGUUGAACCUACAGAAGCUUUGUACUUUGUCUUUUCUGAAUCCGCUCAAGCUCUCAGCAGGGACUGCACACGAGUCACAAGCAGGGUGGGUUUCUGGUGAAGCAUAUGGUUAUGGUUACACUAGAUACUUAAUCAGCAAGCACAGAAUUUUCUACACUUUAUGACCACUGUCAGCGUGCAACCUUUUAAAUGUUUUUAUGUACCAAAUAGGUUUGUGGUGAGUAAAAGUUAAUUGUUAAAAUAAUGGAUGUGCCUGGAUCUUGGGGUUGAAGUUUUUUAACUCACUAACUUAUCGAAAAAAAAGGAAGAAAAAAGAAAAAAGACAAUUAUAGAGCUCCCCCAAAAAUUUCAAAUAGCUUCAAACUUCUUUCUCCUCUACAGCCAACUGUCUAAAAAUGAGACAAGUUAUCAGCAUAGUUUACUAAUACAGUGCUUUGGUGCAAAAACUCCAGUAUGCAUCUCAGAUACAUGCCUUGUUGAUCUUGCAUUUCAAUGUAAAGCUGAGUGAAGGUAUUAAUUAUGCAUUUAAAUCAAGUACUUCUGCUAUACACAAUAUUUUGUAUGUUCAUGAGAUCUCAAAUUUUUAAUCACAUGAUAGUUGUAUGUUGGGAUCAGGUGGGUGUCUUUUGGUCAUGGAGAAGUAGCAUGCUGGAAACAUUUAUUGUCACCUUCUCCUGUACUUAUUUUUCAUGUUAAUGGAAAUUCUCCUCUUGCCUUCUCCUCCAGAAAAGCUUAAGAGCAAUAAUUACCAUCUUGUCUAUAUGCUAUUCUCACCUUAAAACUGCCUCUAUUAUUAUAACGGCGAUGAUGAAUUAAAACUGAGAUCUCUUUUGCAGUGAAGGUUCACUCUACUUUUUCCAGAGAAAAGACAGUGAGGAUGAGGUUGACAGCAAAAUUAUGGCUUCCAACUUGCAUGACAUCAUAAAGUUCUCUUUAGAAAGUAAUUACUGAACAGGUAUCAGAUGCUGCAGAGCAAGCCCCUUUCUCCACCACCUUCCUGCAGCACUUGUGCAGCUAUGCCAUAAAUACUCGGUAACAAGAUCACGCGAACCCCUCGGCGCUCCACCUGAGCCCCCCAUUGAACUGGCGGAGGACGGUCCUACGCUGCCUCCCUCUCCCCACCCGCUCCCCAUCCUCCAUCACACACAGCUCUGAGAUCUGCUCGCCUUCAGACGCGCUCAGACCAACCGGUCCCUGCCAGCGCAGACACCACGCCGAGCCCCGUUGUGUGUGUCUGGACGGGUCGGUCUCACCCGGGUAUGUUCUGCAGUUUGGGCAGCUUCAGAGAGGGAACGGCUGGCAGGGACACGAGGCCGUGGAGCAGGAUGAAGGAGCAACUCACCACUUUGAUCAGCAACCAACCACCAGCAGCUGGGGGUACAGGAAGUGGAGCAACGUUUAAUACGUUCCUUUCCACUCGGGAAAUUAUGUGCCUGUUGUUCCCUGCAGACCUAUUUGGCAAAUCUAUGUCAUUUGUUAUCAUUACAGAGUGAUGCUGUUAAAGAACAGCAAGAGGAAACGGCUUUAUGACAGUCAUACCCUUCUCCUGGAUGUGCUGAUCUGUAACGUUCCAGGGUAGCUGCUGUAGCUGGGACUCUGGCAGAGAGCUGCGGGUUACCUGAGAACAGCUGAACAGCCAGAACCCCCUAGUUAAUGCUGCAUAUUCUGCACAUACAGCC